CCCCCCAACCCGGGAAUAUAUUCAUUCCCAAUGCACGGCGGGCUUUCCCGAGUGGGUCCCCUUAUUUAUUUGGCUUUGCGCUCCUUAACAACGGAGUGUGAACAUAAGUUCUUGUCUUGUGCGGAAGGGAGUGUUUGAUCCCGUGGGAAGGUCGGGGGCCACCGGGAUUCUCGCAGGGUUUGGUAUGAACCGAACGGGUAGACUUGAUUGCUUGUUGGUAUAAGAACUCGACGAACCCUAGCAAGUUGGUCAUCACAAGUGGGCGGGCAGGGCAUCCACGGACACAUCUCUGCACCAGCAUGUUCUUCAAGAGCGGAUUGGGUGCUUGGCUUGCAGCCUCGUAAAGAGGCUGGGACUAUUCGGGUUUUUUCUCUGAAACUGGCUGCAGCUUAGUUAUCUGAUUCUUGACCGCAAACCUUUUGUCGAAGUGUCGAGGAAGCAUAUAAGUUUCUUCUGCUUUUUCUGGUCUCUUCCAAGUACAGUAAAAAAAAAAAAAUACUAAUCAUGCAGGCUGUUAAGGAAGCUGGCAAGGAUUUUUUUUGUAGAAUUUAGGGUUUGUUUGUUUGUUUUGCCCCUUAUAGGGUUAGCAAGAGCAUGACUGUAGGCAGUGGCUGGGAGUGGGAGGUUUUAUGUAUGCAUUUAUUUGCCCUUCUGGAAUUCAGGCAAUGCAGUGGGAUAGACAGAAAAGCCCCUCCUGUGUUUAACUCAAUUUGAAACCUUUUUUUAAAAAAAAAAUAGGCUUCAGUCUCAAACUCCAGAUGAAAAAGCUGCUCCUCCGUUAAUGAGAUCAAGCAUUACUUUUUAGUGUUACUUUAAGGGGUUGGGUCUGGGACUGUCAUCUAGUGGGCAUUUCAGGAAUGUGGAGGAGGCGCCAACUCCUCAAUAGUCAUGGGGGAAGGGUUGCAUUCUCUACAGCCUUAAAUGCACACUAAUAGUACUAGUGUUUUACUUGCACUGCACGUACAAAAUAAUAGUUUGAAUCUGCUUCAGUAGAAUUUAGACAUUUGAAAAUUACAAUGCCUAGUCUAUAUGCGUGUUUGAAUGAGCUACAUUUAGCAGAGAAUAAUUAAAGGUUUGAGUGGGACAAACUUCUGGAGAAUGUGCAUUGUUUGAUCAUAAGUGUGACAAAAACUGACAAGCAGGAAGCUUAUGUACUCAGUGAGAGUAGCAUGUUUGUCUCCAAGAGACGUUUCAUUUUGAAGACAUGUGGUACCACCCUCUUACUGCAGGCACUGGUUCCCCUAUUAGAGCUUGCUAGAGAGUACUGUGGGUUUGACUCAAUUCAGAGCUUCUUCUAUUCACGUAAAAAUUUCAUGAAGCCUUCCCACCAAGAGUACCCACAUAGGAAUUUCCAGGAAGAAGUAGAGUUCCUUAAUGAAAUAUUUCCAAAUGGAGCAGCAUACUGCAUGGGCCGUAUGAAUUCUGACUGCUGGUACCUGUACACUCUGGAUGUCCCAGAGAGUCGAGUAAUCAAUCAGCCAGAUCAAACAUUGGAAAUUCUGAUGAGCGAGCUUGAUCCAGCAGUUAUGGACCAGUUCUACAUGAAAGAUGGUGUUACUGCAAAUGAUGUCACUCGUGUGAGUGGAAUUCGUGACCUGAUACCAGGUUCUGUCAUUGAUGCUACAAUGUUCAAUCCUUGUGGGUAUUCAAUGAAUGGGAUGAAAACAGAAGGAACUUACUGGACUAUUCACAUCACUCCAGAACCAGAGUUCUCAUAUGUUAGUUUUGAAACAAACAUAAGUCAGACAUCCUACGAUGACCUAAUUAGGAAGGUCAUAGACAUUUUUAAGCCAGGAAAAUUUGUGACAACUCUCUUUGUUAAUCAGAGCUCAAAAUGUCGCACCGUGUUUUCUUCAGCCCAGAAGAUUGAAGGUUUUAAGCGUCUUGAUCGCCAGAUUGCCCAGUUUAAUGACUACAACUUCGUUUUUACCAGUUUUGCCAAGAAUAAGCAGCAAAGUUGAUUAGGAGGAAUGAAGAAGAAAAAACGCAAAAAUAUACCCAAUAGAGGUGGUGGUGGUUGCUUUCUAGUAAAUGAUACAAGGGGCCAUAUUUUUCAUAUCCACCUCGUAGUUGCAGAAAGCCCUAGAUGUAAUCAUAGUAUAAUUUUCAAUUGUAUGCAUUAUUAUAACAGAGUUUUAGAUAUAUUGCAUGAACACUCUCUUCUGUGUUUAGAUAUUCUAUUUCACUUUUGCUGUGAAACUGAAGCGCAUGUAGAAACAUUUUACUGUAUGAGACUCUACAGCAUUUAUAAAAACAACUCAAAUAGGUUUACAUGCAACAUAGUUUUUCUCCAAGUAUCACCAAAAAUUCCCCACAGACAAGGAUUUCGUCCUCAUUAGAAUUUCCCCUAGACUUACUUAACUAAAAGACUUAGUUGGCAAAUUUUUUUUCAUUUGUAUGCUGUAACAAAUUUUAAAAUAAUUAUUGAAUGUGUGGUUUCUAAUUGGCACAUUUUUGCAACAACUGAAUAACAGAUUAAUAAUCACAGUUUAAGAUGUUGAAACUGAUACCGGUAGAACAAAACUGGUUAUGCUUAAUGGGAUAUUUUCACUUUAAAAAUAUCGAACAAUUUUUAUCACAUUGGAUCUGCAUACAAUUCUACAAUGAAUUGAAGUGGCAAUUUGCUGUGGUUAGCACAUUACCUUUUCACCUAUGGGUGAAAAUGUAUUUGUUUAGUUGUCAACAUGUUUUGACAGUUGUGUAAUUUUUGGCAAAUCCAUUCUUGCUCCAUGUCCUUUGUUUAAAGGCAACCCAUAGCAGUUGGUGGCAGUCGUUGGACAUCUGUUUUAAAUAUAUAAACAAAAUUUUGACAAUUAAGGACACAGUUGAUUCCAGGCUUUUCAGAGUUCAGAUGCAGUUUUGGCAUCUAGGAACCUAAUCGGUUAGAAGAUUGGUGCGCUUUAUGGUAAUUUUAACAGAAAUUUGGUAGAAAACGGUGAAAUGUGAUUUCAAACUACUGCACAAAAUAGCUGCCGUUUCUUACUGUGAAAUAUGCUGGCUCAAAUGUUAACUUUAUAUUAAUUCAAACACAGGCCCUUCCACUCUGUAAUGUCCUGUGACAACAAUGCAUGUGAUGUUUAAGCUAAAUUUAGCAAUAUUGUGACUUCAUCUGUGUUUCUUCCUAAUUAAUAUGCAGUUCUUUUUUACAUGGUGUAGAAGGCAUUGGGUGAUUUCGCUGCAGUGAGCAAAUAUGAGGAGCCUAAAUACAGUCAUGUAAAACAUUUAUAUGUAGUACAAUAGUAACAAAAUAGACAUGGAUAUUGCUUCAUGGAUAUUAAAUGCAAGUUCCUGAGAGAGCAUGUUCUGUCACCUCAAAUGCUGUGGGAUUUCAGCUGUUGAGACCAGCAAAUCUUAUAGAUGUGUCAUUCUAAUCCUUGGCUGUUUUUGAUUAUGAGUGUUUUGUUCCUUUUGUAUUUAUAAAGGAAACAUUUUUAGUGUUUCUAUGUUAUUAAACCUACUUGCUUGGAAAUCAAGCAAUUGGAACAUUUUUUUCCUACCAAAAUCAAUAAAUGUUGUUUCUGUGUAGCACCUAGCAGUUUAUGGUGCUUUUGCUUUUUAAGGGCCAAUUUUUCAAAUGUUUUUAUAAAGAGUACUCCAAGUCAAUAGCACUCUUUGACAUGAGAUCUGUUCAACUACAGAUUCCUUGAAGUAAUGCUGGAAAUGCAGAACUUUACAUAAGCCUUGGAUAGAAAUAAAGCAGUUCAAUGGAUCUUCAUGAAUUAGUAGGCUGAACAAAAUGGGAGGGGGAUAUGUUUGGUGUUUAAAAUUAUCUCUGGUGUUAGACAUGGAACAUUAAAAUGUACAAAGAUAUAUCUGUACCAGAAAUCAUAAUGCUUCAAUAAAAGUUUGCUUUCUAAGCUGCUGCAAAUAGUAAAAAUGCUACUACCCUGACUUAGAUAAUUCUGCUUUGUGUUUAUAACAACAAAGCCUUGAUACAAAUUAACAGAUGUUACCCGUAUUUUCUCAAUAGUCCCUCUAUGUGCUGCUGAAUGCCAGGGUGAUUCAAGAAGAUUAAAUCUACUGGAAAUGCUAUUCUUGUUAAUCAAACUAGAACUCUGUUUCUAUUCAAUGAAAAAGCAUGAUGAUUAAGAAUGAAAGCUGAUAUUAAAGAUCUUUAAAAGUA